AUGCUUGAUACCACUCCACAUUCGCUCAAGUUCCGUCCCUCACGGCUCGACCUCAUUGACAACAACCAGCUCACUUCGUUUCCGCUCGCCCACCCCAACGUCGCCGAAAUUGGCCCCGCUGGAGAGCUGCUACUUGUCGAAGACUACAUUCACUAUCCCAAGGGAUUCCGCAAGAAAACGUCUGUGUUUGACCUCAGACGCGCCAUCGAGCACGACAUCACUCCUCCCAGCGCGAUUCUGCCGCUGUUGGCACGUAACCAAAGCAUCAACUCCGACUCCACGCUCCAAAGUGAAACAGAGCUCUAUCUCAAACAGACUCAGUCCAACCUGCGCUACUGCGUCGUGUGCGAGCGCCCGUUGUACAAUCUGAGCUCACUGGAUUCUCUCACGCGGUGCGCAGAGCUUGUGUGCUGUAACUGUUUCGAGGAGUACGAAACUCUCGAAAAAGCCAUCAAGAAGCUCGAACCAGAUAUCUCGCUGGUCUCUUUGGAGUCUGUCUCCGACUCUUCUCCAGAAACAAUAACGGUCGACUUCACAGACCCAGACCAGACCGUCCGCUCGGCCCACGAUACCACCGCAACCAUAAGAAUCCAUAGAGACCACGAGGUGCCCGAAUCAGCCACCUUCGAUGCCAUAAUAGCCACGCUCAAACAUUUGCAGACGGUCGACAACGCCGCCAGAAACAGACCCCGCAAAAGGCUCCAGGCCAUCAGCCUCAACAAUCUCAACAUGGCCAGCCUGUUCAGACCCAAAUGA